GGAGGAGAGCUCACGUUCCCAGGAGGCCACGCGUAGGCGGGGCGCUUUACACGGAAGCUUGCCGCGUCAGGUCCUAUCCGCCUCUUGUUUCAGGCAGUGGGCGACCUAGGAGGACCUGCGCCCCUCAGUCAAGAGCCCGAGUGCCCGCUAGAGGGUACCCGGUCAGAUUGAAGUCAUGGCCAUUCUUUUUGCUGUUGUUGCCAGGGGAACCACCAUCCUUGCCAAACAUGCUUGGUGUGGAGGAAACUUCCUGGAGGUGACAGAGCAGAUUCUGGCUAAGAUACCUUCUGAAAAUAAUAAACUAACUUACUCACAUGGCAAUUAUUUGUUUCAUUACAUCUGCCAAGACAGGAUUGUGUAUCUUUGUAUCACUGAUGAUGAUUUUGAACGUUCUCGAGCCUUCAGUUUUUUGAAUGAAGUAAAGAAGAGGUUCCAGACAACUUAUGGUUCAAGAGCACAGACUGCACUUCCUUAUGCCAUGAAUAGUGAGUUUUCGAGUGUUUUGGCUGCACAACUGAAGCAUCACUCCGAGAAUAAGAGCCUAGACAGAGUGUUGGAGACUCAAGCACAAGUGGAUGAACUGAAAGGAAUAAUGGUCAGAAACAUAGAUUUGGUUGCUCAACGUGGAGAAAGGUUGGAAUUGCUGAUAGAUAAAACAGAAAACCUUGUGGAUUCAUCUGUCACUUUCAAAACUACCAGCAGAAAUCUUGCUCGAGCCAUGUGUAUGAAGAAUAUCAAGCUCACUAUCAUCAUCAUCAUUGUAUCAAUUGUGUUCAUCUAUAUCAUUGUGUCACCACUCUGUGGUGGGUUUACAUGGCCAAGCUGUGUGAAGAAAUAAGAAAGAAAAAAUUACCAUUAACCAAGGAUAUGAGAGUGAAAGAAGAUAAAUGCAAUUCACGUGACUCUGGCUUUUCACUGCUCUCAGAAAAUGCCAGUUUCUUUAAUCUUUUUUCUCUUUUUCUUGUUUUAAUCUUUGCCUAUCAUAUGGUUUAUGUUAAUGAAUUUCAUAUUGAAUCAUUAUUCACAUGAGAAAGGGCAUUUAUUUGUUUCUUUAGUUUGUUAAGUAGGACCUUCUACUUAGAAAGACAUUUUUGCUUUUAAUAUACAAAGAUUUUUGCCAAGGUGAAGACCGCCAAACUUAUGGCCUGUCUGCUAAAACUGUCUAGGAACUUAGUAUGUUCACACAAAGUGCUGGGAAAUGGAUUGUAUUACUAACAUCUCGUUUUAGUCUCUUUUGUUAUGGGAGAAUUUUAGGUGCUUCAAAAUAAUAAAUAGAGAAUUUUAAGAAUUGUAAUAAAUUGUUAGUGCUGCUUAUAUCCAGGAGCCCAUACAAGUAAUGUAGUUUAACAUUGAAUUUUUAUUUCAGUAAGGUGGGAAACCUUUUGAUAGCCCAUUAGAAGCACAAGAAUUAUCCUUUCUCCUAGCAUUCACUUUUUGAAAUAAAGUUCAUUAUAUUAUUUAUUCAUACUGCACAUAGUUUAAUACCUUCUGUUUAUCCAUUACCAAGUUGAACUGAGAUUAAGUUGAGGAUUAUGGGUUUUACAUAUUCUUCUGUACAUAUUUGGGACAAGCAUGUUGUUAAUAAAAUUCAUAAUUGAAGAGAGGGAAGGCAAAUACCUCCGUGUCACCAAAGAAAAAGAAUGGAGCCAUACUAAAAAUGCAUGCAUUUUAACCUCACAAAAUGUGGUACGGUGAGAUUUUUUUUCUAUUCUGGGAAAAACCCAAACAGUCAAAAGUCAACUCCAGGAUUUGGACUUGACUUCUUUUGAAUAAUGAUUUGAUCUUUCUUUAUGGUUUAACUAAUUCUUCAGUCUGCCUACUUUUGAAUAAUUAUAAAACCUGAAAGAGAAUAGAUGGUAUAAUGAUAUAGAAAUAAUACAAAAUAUGUUAACAUACAUAUUUGAAAAUUUGAGUGUAAUGCUGCUUCACCUACUUUAGCAUCAGUCAUUUAGUAGUUGGUGUCUAUCUGAGAAGAAGAAAAUUUUUGUCCUAGAUAUAAUUGCGUUUAUUUAUCAACAGGUAAAACUUAAGUGGAGAACCAUCACUGAAGAAGUGAUACUACAUUUUACUCUUUUCUCAAUGAAAUAAUAAAUUAGUAUUUUGAACUCAGCCAACUAUUAGCCUAGUCAUGUGCCUUGAAUAUCUAUGUGUCCUGUAAUCAGGAACCUUCCACAUUCAUGCUAUCAUUUUUUUUAAAAAAAUAAUCUAAUGCACAUAGGAACACUGCUUUUGUUCAUCAGGCAUAACACAAAUACUCUUUCUAGAACAUUUUUAUGAGCACUAUUCAUUGUAAGUAUAUAACUAUUUCCUAUUAGGAAAUAUGUUCAUUCUCAAAAAAAUUGACAUUCCCAAAUAAUAAUUUCAAAUAAAGGUUUAUAAUUUAUUCUGCUUAUAAAACCUGAAUAAAAUUUUUGUGCAUGCUUUAGGGUUUAAUUACUUAAGAGUUUCUUGUUCUAUUUAUGAGUAGGAAUGCUUUUGAAGGCAUGAGUCUCCUUGUAAAUGAUGCACAAACUAAAAACAUUAAUAAAAGUUAAUACUACA